AUGGAAGACUGUCCUGAUACUGACGCCAUUCAAACAUUUAAUGACUACAUGGUAUCACAAUGGCUAGAGAACGAGAGUUUUGUAGACAUUUGGUGCGUUCAUGGUGAACUCCAUCGAACCACAAAUGCCGUAGAAUCUUGGCAUAAGAAAUUAAACUUGGUUGUGCCAAAGAAUGCUAAUUUAUAUCAGCUACUGAACGUGCUGAAAGAGGACGCAGAUUUACAAACAGUGGUAUUGCAACGCGACGUGGAAUGCCACGGUCGGAUCGUGAGUUCGGUGGUACGGCUGUGCGGCGGUGGAGACGCUGCGCGAGCGCUUGAGAGACGGUGGCAUCUGCUGUACCUGAGGGCUAUUGAGUGGCAGUGUCAUCUGGAAGCUUGUCUUGCUAGGAUCGAUAAUCAGGGCUGCAUAUCAGCAGAGGCUGUAAGUGACAGUGACGACGAACCUGCCUUGAAGCAGCCGCGCCUGAGCAGGCGAGGGUCCCCACGCAGACAGAGAACUCCAGUCAAUGCGAGACGAAGGGACAGCUCGCUGGAUAGCAGACAAUCUGCGUCAGAGGAGGAACAAGAAUAUGUGUUAAAGUACACGUGGCGCGGCUUCGGGUCGGACUGCGAGACGGAGUUAGACAGAGCGAGGUACAUAAAUAUGGCGGACGAGAGACGAGUACCUGGUGCCUGUGACGUCACUGCGAGGACCACGGACCAGACUGUGCCUGCGACAGAUCAUGUGGAUGGAUUGGAAACACACGUCCAUAUAGAGGAUAAAUUAAAGACACCUCCAACGGUAAUUAAAAGGAAAAAGCCAGUAGACACGUCGAAAUUUAAUCAAACCGAUCGCAAAUCGAAACAUCUAGCUACAUUCUACUUUAGACACCAUGACACAGACUCCGACAGACAAAUGAUCGAAACAGAAAAGUCACAGGAAGAGUCUAGCGAGGAAGAAUGGACUUACGUCGGUGGUGCUAAAAUUGGGAAUGAAGAUUCCACUGAUAUAAUGACGUCAUCCGUUGAGAUCCAGUGCGAACUACCCCUAGAUGAAAAGAAAGAUAAGCCACCUUCUCCGAAACCGAAGCUAGAGUCCUCGACACCAGAUUUGCUUAGAGUAGAAAGGUGUAAAGACAUAGAGAGGUUGGUCAAUCAGGCUGAAGAAUUGGUGCAGAAACAGGCGCUAUCAAAGAAGAAGGGAUCGAGGAGCUUCAAGCCGCUGUCGUUUGAUGAAGAGGGGAAGAAUGUGAGCAGGAACAAGAUGUCGAGGAUCAAGGAAUGGUUGAACCAGAGCUCGGAAGGCAAGAGUGAUAACAAUCAGGGUACAGAAAGCUAUGACGCCUCAGGAGAAUACACAACUGAAAGUGAAGUGGACACCUCGUUGACAUCCGAAGAACGAAACAUUCACUCCUCCAUGGAUAUGAGCACUUCCACCUGCACAGUAACUCCCACACACCACGCCAAGGUAACACUCCGUAAGAAGCGAGCUGGCAACAGCGCACGACCGUGGUCUGUCUCCUGCCUAUCGCAACUCAGUGGCGCCGGCGCAUCGCUCGUGGCCACGCCCACAGCUGGCGACGUUGCCGCUAUGUCACACAACAUGUCUAUCUCUGAAUCUGCUUUGAACACACUCGCGUCUCCACAAAGAGUUACUCCAGCAAAUUCGAACUCCAAACUCCGUGGAAGUUCAACCACUGUACAGGGCCACGUAUCAAGCACGAACACGAUGACAGAAGCUUGCACGUCCUGCGUGGAAGCGAGCGACAAACACGGCUGGCUACGACGAAAGAGGUUGAAGUUCCGACGCAACAACACCGCGGUACGGCGGGGAGAGAGACUCGUCAAGUCACUCUCUUUUUGUGGGAGACUGAGCCCAGAGAUAGAAGAUAAGCAUGAGAGGAGUGCCGCCAGUGACCCCGCUACUAGCAGGAAGAGCAGGUUCGACACAACAUCGACAUCAGGCAACGACAGCGACGAGGAACUGAUCAAACAACAGCUAGCCACAAUCGCCCACCUGCGCAAGAGCAUCGAAAAGACCCACAUCUCGACUAGGGAACCCGAUAGUGCCAUUCCAGAACAAAAUGAGGCCGAGCCUGUGGCCCCGAGCUUUAAACUGGGCCCAGCUGGAGGACCCGUCAGGCCACGACUCGCUCGAAGCCUUGAGAGGGAGAGGAACUUUAUAGCCCUCAGUUUAGGAGACCCCAGUCGGUUGUGGGACUUAUCUAUUGACAAGGACUCCGAUAUAGACAAAAGUGUGACUGCUGGAACCGAAGAACAUAGCUCAUUCUCUGAACAGGCGUGGGAUUUCUAUCAGGAAAAGUACAACUCGGAACCAUAUUCAGAAGCUCCAGACUCAGACGCAGCGCGACGUCUGCUAGAGUUCGGUGACGACUACCGCGCAUUCCUCGACUCGCAGUCUGACUGCUGCUCCAGCUUGUCCGCGCAGCCCGAGAACGACCAGAGCCCCAGUGGCACACGUCGCCGCCGCCCUCCGUCCGAUGUAUCUAGAGAACGAAGCCUCCCACGACACAAGCGACCUACCAGAAACUCGCCAAUAGAAACGCCCUCGAGAAAACCUAAGAAGUCCAUGUCUAGCGCUGAGCGUAAGAAGUCGCUCCUUGACAGUCUCGAGCGAUCCAGAAACAACACUAGCAUCGAAAGCAGUGAAGGUGUCCGUCGUCGCAAACCUUCGGAGAGCGAACGCAAAAACAGUAAGCGAUCUCCCGAAUUCGACUUGCUCAACGUACAGGCUCUGAGCCGCAGACGACACAGCUCAAACAUGACCAGCGACGAAGUAAACAGCUCGCUAGAGUACACCGAGGUGAACAACCGACCUGAUAUACUGGACUCGCUGGGCAGGCGGAGGAGGACAGACAAUGGCGAGUCGGAAUUACAGAAAAUCGCGUUGUCUGAGCUGCGGCGGCGAUCAACAGAGAGCGUGGAGUCGGAGGACGAGUCGUCGAGCCCCACAAAGCACAGGCGGCGCAGCUGGGACUCGGGCUCGGAGGGCUCGGCGGCGCGCGCGCUGGUGCGGCGCUCGGGCGCGGCGCUGGGCGCGGCCGAGGCGCUGCUGGCGCGCCACGACGCCGAGCCCGACCUGCUGCGCGCCUUCGACUACACGGAGAUCGUCAAUCGUUGCCGGGAAAAUAUCAACCUAUUAGACGCGGCCUUGGCAAGCGGCUCACUUUCUUCCACUUUGCAACGUGACGUUAGAGCUGUAUCUGCAAGAUGGUCAGCUCUCCGUGCAGCGGCCACCAGACGCGGUGGUGCUCGUCGCCUGCGCAGGGAAAUGGCCGCACUGCGGGAGACACUCGACGAUAUUUGCGAACCUGGGGACUGUGCUCCACAACCUCACACCAGGGCUCAGCUACAUAGGAGAAUUGAGGAACUGAAGGAACGUCUAUCUCGUCUGCUAGAAUGCAAAGUGUCGAUGCUGAAGCUGACUGUGUCAGUGCGUCGUGCACUCGGUGACAUGGAGAACGAUGACGGAGGACUGGCUGCUGACCUGGCAUCACUGCUUUCUGCGUGGGAUGAUGCUCAUCAACGGACUUCAAACGAACUCUUAUCUCUGGAAAAAGCGGUUUGCGCUUGGGCAGAAUGGGAAAGUGCUCUCCGGGAACUUCAGGGUGCUCUAAGAGGAGACCUGGCGACAUUGGAAUCACUAAGGGACCGUGGUGCUGUAACUGGGGACCAAACCGAAGUUGCCGCUCAAAUAAGGCAAUUGGCUGCGUCACUUGUGGAUAAAAAGAAGGGUGGUUCAACAUGCGACUCCUUGUCCGACUCCGGUAUAUCGGACGGAGACAGCGAUGGUGCUGGACGACGUGCCAGACGGCUUAGCGCAUUGCGGGAACUAGCCAGACGGCUGCAAGCUGCUCUAGCACCUAAUUCGCCAGCUCAGAGAGCUAUAGCAAAGCGUAUGGAACAAACUGAGAAUGAAGUGCGCACGUUGCAAGAAUCGUGCCGUGCGCUAGUAGAACUCAGCAUUCCGGAUCUUAAGAUUGAGGAGGAAAGCAGGGACAAAACGAUUGCUGCCGUGACAAGCAGCAAAACUGGUUCAGGCGACCCUGACUACAGUCCCCGCGGAGGUUGGGUAUGGAGAGUCCUUCGGUCCUCGUUGCCCAUACAGUUGUGCCUCGUGGCCCUGCUCCUAGCCGCCUGGCUGGUCGAACGCCCACGAUGCUGCGACGCCCUGAACUCUCUAGCUCAGACCCUGACUCCUCAACUGCGCUACGUACGCGGUCCACCACCAGUCUGAACACUGACACAAAACGUGUUCACACACAUGCGACGAUUUCUAGCUAGUAUUAGCUUAAACCUUCGGGUUGCAGUACUUGCAGUAUUCAGCACACUAUUUGUGCUCCUAAUGCCAAUUGAAGUAUUCAAGGCUUCGGUACUAAGACGUUUAUUGACGGUAGAUAAACUAAUUAUCGGAAUGACGGUAGCGUGGAUUGCGUGAAGCAAUAAUUUUUAUUAUUAUACUAACUUUUUUUGACGAUUAGGUAGAAAAGAUUUGAAAUGAAUUGAGGCGUUGAUUGACAUUGUUACUAAUAUAGGAAUGUACGUACCAAUGGAGAAAUUUGAAAAAAAAAUGACGUAGGUACUGAUGAUGUGUAGAAGUAACCAAUUUAUUAUUAGAUACGUUUUUUAACAACAUUUUCAAGAAGAAACUACUUAAAUGUGUCUAUUGGAAUGACUAACCUUUGUAAGGCAGAAGUUAAUUUAGGUCCAUUUGCAAUAUUAGACAUUUUUAAUUGCUCAUAGCAAAAAAAGUUCAAA